AUGGACCACUACACGAGAGGUCUGGCCAUCGCUUCGUUGGCAUCCAAUAAUCCGCUCUGCCCCGAGACGCUGUCUUUGCCGAUGACGGAUCCCACCGCAACGUUUGAGAACCAAGGCGAUGGCGACUCCCACACAGCUCUCAUAGUAGGGAGAGAAAUAAUGCGCCACUUUGCUUUGGGGAGAAUUACCCUCGCCACUCGAGAACUGCCCUCACGCUCUCGUCCAUUGAAGCCUCGUCCUACACGCCUUGCCGCGCCAACAAGCCUCGUCCUCCACACCUUACCGCGCCACCAAGCUGCUCUCGUAACACCGGUUGAUUCUUCCAACUCUUUCAUAUCAACGAUAAGACGAGCUUGGUUAAGCAAGCACCUCUCACAGUAG